AUGGAAGGUCAGAGGGUGUAUUGUUAACACAAAAGACACUGCCAGGUAAUAAUAACACCCAGAGUGGGUUCCUACCCAAAUGAUCAGUACCAAGUCGAUCUUAACAUGUAUACAGGUACUUUCCAAAAGGAAAUUAUUAGAAAAUUCACGAAGUUAGUGAAAAGAGAAAGGAAUGGUCAAAAAUAACAACUGAUGUCAUCCAACGCUAGGACAGGACACCAUCAUAGUGUUUGAUACUUGUGUUCCAUAGUAUCAAGUACUUUCGCUCUGAUUUUCUUUGUUCUUUGUUUGUAAUGUAAUCUAAAAAAGUUCAAACGUGAAACAAAGGUGUCAAGAAAAAAAGUUUCAAGUUGUCUAUCUUUCUUAUAGGGGACACAAAUGGACGCAAACGCUUCUAAGGGAAAGAUUAAUACUUCAUGUUAUUUGCUUACGAUAAGCAUUUGCUUUUUUUUCCAACUUACAGACGGAUUCGUCAGAGAUUUGAUGUUGGUUAUAGUAUUGCCCUUGUUCUUAGCUGCUGUAUUUAUAUUGGCUGUUUGCUUAAAGUUUCGGUCAAUAUGCAAAUCACAACAGAGGAGAGAAGAGGUAAUUUGACUUGAAUUUUAUGAUUAAGUUAUCCAGUGAUCUAAUGUUUGAAAGAGUAAUUCGCUGUUGCAUUGCUCUUGAAGAUUGAGCUCUCCAUGAAAGUUGGAGACUGAGCGGAAAUUCCCAGAUCAGAUGUUACUCUCCAAGACAAGCUGGGAGAAGGUGCAUUUGGGGAAGUGUACAAAGGCUUGGUGCGCAUGGGAGAACUAGUGAGAGCAUGCACAGUAAAAAAACUUAAAGGUUAACAUUCUGGAUGAAGCUUUUGAUUGGUUGACGGAUUUUCUUAGUUAAUAAGCUCAAUAAAUUAAUAAGUGAAUGAUCGAUUUACAAUAUGUAUGAUUGGUUGAUGAUUUCUCGGUUGAAAGCACAUGCAUUAGAUGCGUUUGUAGUGUUUGAUACAAUUUGUAAACAGAUUUACUGCCCCUUGGAUAUCAGUAAAGCAUAGAGUAUUUCUUUACAGAGAAUGUUACAGAAACAGAGAGACGGGACCUGAUUAACGAGCUUAUAGUCAUGGUCACAGUUGGUGAACAUCCUAAUGACUUAAGUCUUAUUGGAGCUUGUACCAAGGCUGGUAACUUUUAGUUGAUAUUUAUUGAUGUUCUACGUGCAGUUUCCUUUCCACUUUCGUCCUUCUUUGUAAUGAUAAAUUCCCAAUUAUGCAACACAAACAGUUCAACACUUGAGUGCAAUUUUUGCCUCAGAACUUUAAUAUUUAACUUUGUCGCAAAUUUUUAGAGCCAGUAUUGGUGAUUGUCACUUUGGCCCCGAAUGGCUGUUUGUUGGACCAACUGAAGAAGAAUAGAGAAAAUUCAUAUUACAAUGUUCGGAAAAACGAAAUGAUCUUCACGCCCCAACACAAAGUGAAGAUUGCAAGAGAUGUAGCUUGUGGAAUGCUACACCUGGCCAGCAAAAAGGUACGAGAUGCAAUAACGAAUUCAGAAAAAUAUUUCCUUUCUAGAGGAUUAUUUGAUUCUUAUCUGGCUUCUCUUUCUUAGUGUGUUCAUCGUGACCUUGCAGCAAGAAAUGUGCUUCUUGGCGAGGAGAAUGUUGCCAUGGUUUCCGACUUCGGCCUGUCGCGUGAUGUUUAUGAAAUUGGUGAAUACGAAAGUACAUCCGGGGUAUGGACAGUAUUCUCGUCUUUAAAAAAUGGGAAGAGUAGUUAAAACGACAAAGUUUUUUUCAAUUUUUUAUUUCAUGGAAAACAUGCUAAAAUUCGUAGUUCCAGCUACAUCGUAUUGCAAAGAGUCUUCCUCCUUUGAAGUGUUACAGUAUACGUUAACCGACAGAAAGAACACUAUACUCCUACAAACCCAACUACUUUAUUAAACAACACGUCUAAAAUGAAUAUGAAAGCGAUCUUCGAACUUCGUCUUAAGUUAAAUCUUACGAAGAAACGACUCUUAUGAAAUGAAAGCAAUAACAAUGAAAACAAUAACAAUUCUCUAACGUAUUCUGGAAAUUCUAGAAGCUUACAACACAACUACUUUGUAGAAUUACAUACUUAUCACAAAACCUAACAGAAUUUUCUAGAAUGUUCCAUGGUAUGUCAGUAGAAGGUUCGAGUAUCCAUGUCACCGUCAGUUAGCAUUCUAGAAAUUUCCAGAAACUGCUAUUUACAUACUCCUUGCAAUCUCAGUUUUAUCUCCCUGAGACAGUGUAGUCUCAACAUACAACUAUAAAAAUUCACGAUUUCCCUACCUGCUAUUCUUUAGUAUUAUUUAAACCGAAUUGUUUUUACUCAAACCAUGCUUUAAAUGUUUUCUUCCAAAAAAGGUACUGUUACCGGUUCGCUGA